CUGGAUGGACCGAGUUUAACAUGUCUAAUCCCAACUUGCAGGAUAAUCCCCACUUGAAAAGCCACCACGUUUUGCAGGAUAAUCCCAACUUGACUUCACUCACACGCGCACUCAUAUCCACGUACGAUCUCCCACUCCGAGCGAGAGACGAAGGCCUGCACGUCCCGUUCCAGGGCCUAGCUUGUUCCGCCCGGCUGAGCGAGGCAAGGCGAGUCGAGCCGGGACAGCCGGACAGAGGAGCGAGCUACACGAGAGAGAGAGAGAGGGGGGGGGAUCGAAUGAUCGAUGAUGGCCGUGGCGGCGGCAACGCGCAUUGCGGUGGUGGUGGUCGCGGCGCUGGCGGCUCUCGCGCCGGGCGCGCGCGGGCUCCGCCGAGACGACUUCCCGGUGGGGUUCCUCUUCGGCGCCGCGACGUCCGCUUACCAGUUGUUUCGAUUCGUCACAGCUGGACGAAUCUCAGAUAGACGCAACGGGGAUGUAGCGGAUGAUCACUACCAUCGGUACACGGAAGAUGUGGAGAUUCUGCAUAACUUGGGUGUCAAUUCCUACAGAUUCUCAAUUUCGUGGGCAAGAAUUCUACCAAGAGGUCGGUUUGGAGGAGUUAAUUCGGCAGGAAUCGCCUUCUACAACCGUCUGAUCGACGCGCUCCUACAGAAAGGCAUACAACCAUUCGUGACACUGAACCAUUUCGACAUUCCACAAGAGUUGGAAAUCCGAUAUGGCGGCUGGUUGGGCGCUGGAAUCCGGGAGGAGUUUGGGUAUUACUCGGACGUGUGCUUCAAGGCUUUCGGUGAUCGUGUCAGGUUCUGGACGACGUUCAACGAGCCGAACCUGAUCACCAAGUUCCAAUUCAUGCUGGGCGCGUACCCUCCGAACCGGUGCUCCCCGCCGUUCGGCAGCUGCAACAGCGGCGACUCGCGCCGGGAGCCGUACACCGCGGCGCACAACAUCCUGCUCUCCCACGCCGCCGCCGUCCACAACUACAAGACGAAUUACCAGGCAAAGCAAGGCGGCUCAAUCGGGAUCGUGGUCGCGAUGAAAUGGUACGAGCCGCUGACGAAUUCGACGGAGGAUGUGCGGGCGGCACGGCGUGCGCUGGCCUUCGAGGUGGAUUGGUAUGGCUUUGCAUGUUACCUCCCUUUUCUUUAGUGAUGCAAAAUGUAGUGGCAAAAAUUCAGUGUCCAUCAAUUAGAAAUUAGAACACCCUGAAAAAAAAGAAGAGAAAUUACCUCGUGUGUUCCGUAAUUCUUGAACUUCAUGUGGAUGGGGAUGCAAUGAAAAAAGAUUAUACACGGUGA